UGUCGGGAACUGUACAGGAGAGGAGAAACAUUCCCGAUGGUGGAGUACACUAGCAAACAGUAUUCUAUGAGUGCAUUCAUUUUGGACUGCAUUAAAGUCUACUAAAGAUCAUAAUUCUCGUUGAUAUUAUAAUAGCCAUGGAUUAAUCUACGGUGAGCAUCACCCGUUUCGGAAAGACAGUAUUUGCGCAGUAUGCUUCGAUGGAAUAUAAUGAGACGGAAGGGGAUUACUGGGAUUUCCAUAAGUUUGACUUGUGCUAGAUAACUUGGAUUUGGAAUCGCGCGUCUUCGGCUCUGUUUGUGACUUAAGGUAUAAUUUUAGGAUUUAAAAUGGAUUCUUUCUGUUCGAGUGGAUGUUUAUGACGAGAAUUUUGUUUUGUGGGGAAUUGAAAGAUAUGGUCAGUGCAGUGGUCAGACAGGAGAGACUGAAGAUUUCCCGCGCCUGCUCUGCGGUGGAGGACUACAGGCGGCCGUGGAAGAACCGAACCAUCUGAGGAGAGCGCGUGCCAUGCCGUUUCAGGGCUCGAGCGGUAGAAAGCUGUGAAACCUGUGGCCAGGAGUUGACUGAGACGCUGUUAUGGGCUUUGCCAUGAGGCACCGCUGGUUCAUGGUGCCACUGCUAAUGCAGGCAUGGCUGUCUGCCACCCCUUGCUCUGGUGAGCGUCCUUGCCCUCGGAGUUGUCGAUGCGAUGGCAAAAUUGUAUACUGUGAGUCUAGCGCAUUCCGUGAUGUUCCCAAGAACCUCUCAGGCGGCUGUCAAGGCCUGUCCCUGCGGUAUAACAGCUUAGCAAGCCUGAAGGCUGGCCAAUUUGUUGGCCUCAACCAGCUCAUUUGGCUGUACCUCGACCACAACUACAUUGCAAAUGUGGAUACACAUGCUUUUCAAGGGAUACGGAGGCUCAAAGAGCUAAUAUUGAGCUCCAACAAGAUCACACUGCUGCAUAACACCACAUUUCACCUGGUACCAAACUUGAGGAACCUGGACCUUUCCUAUAACAAGCUACAAGCUCUAAAACCAGGGCAGUUCCAGGGACUGCGAAAGCUACUCAGCUUGCACAUGCGCUCCAACUCCCUUAAGAAUCUUCCCUCUCGCCUUUUUCAAGACUGCCGUAAUCUUGAAUUCCUUGACCUUGGCUACAACCGUCUGCGGAGCAUCACUCGCAAUUCAAUGUCUGGCCUGAUGAAGCUAACUGAGCUGCAUAUAGAGCAUAACCAGUUCUCUAAAAUCAACUUUUUCAACUUUCCACGAUUCUAUAACUUACGUGCUCUUUACCUACAGUGGAACCGCAUUAGGACCAUGAGUGAAGGCCUCACAUGGACAUGGACGUCAUUGCAGAAGCUAGACCUUUCAGGAAAUGACCUGCAGGAGAUAGAUGCAGACGUGUUCCAGGCCAUGCCAAAUCUGCAGAUGCUUAACUUGGAUUCAAACAAGCUUGUCAAUGUUUCUCAAGAAGCUGUGGAUGCUUGGACCUCUCUGACUGCAAUUAGUCUGGCAGGAAACAUGUGGGACUGUGGACCAGUUGUGUGUCCACUGGUGGCCUGGCUGAGAACCUUCCGUGGAAACAAAGAAAUUAAUAUGAUUUGUGCAUUACCCAAAGAAGCUCAAGGGGAGAAGGUUAUGGAUGCAGUUGACGCCAGUGGAGUUUGCAGGGGUUCCCCUGCUACACCAUCAACUGUAAUUAUUCCCUCUACCUCUUUUGUCGCCUUUGCCCAGACCCCUGCCAGCUCUUUUAUCCCAACCAUCAAAUCUGGAGACAGCAGAAGGAGCCAGGGGACGUCCUUGGAAGGCACCCCGUCUUCAGCACCUUCUCAGCCUGCUGUCCCACCACCUGAGCAAGACUUCGAACCGGUGUCUUUCCACAAGAUAGUUGCAGGAAGUGUUGCCCUCUUCCUGUCAGUUGCCAUGAUCCUCCUGGUAAUUUAUGUCUCAUGGAAGCGCUAUCCAAGCAGUGUUAAGCAGCUACAAGAAAACUCGGCUGCUGCUCACAAACGUCGGAAAAAAUCACGGGAGACAGAGCGCACACUUAGCACACCAUUGCAGGAGUACUAUGUGGACUACAAACCUAAUAACACAGAGGGUACGGAUGUGCUGGUCAAUGGGACUGGACCAUGCACCUACACCAUCUCUGGCUCCAGAGAAUGUGAGGUGCCUCACCAGAUGAGAACUCUGACCUUCUACAGGUACGAGCAGCCUAUAGUGGACUACUGCCAGGCCCAUCAACCCCUGCGGCUCAACAUGAGCUAUGAUGGUCCUCCGCAAAGCCUGGAAGGGCUGGAGGAGCUUCCCCACCGCGAGAGGAGCACCAUCCAGACUGUGGCCCUUCCGGCAGUGCCCACCAUCAACACGGGCACUACAGGACCCUGCUCCACACCCAGCCAGAGAGCGCCUGUGGAAGGGCCCAGCAUUCUCUACCCCACUACAGAACGCUCCAUUAACUAUCCAACAACUGAACGUUCCACCAGCACCCUGACUUUUAGACGCUAACAGUCCCACUCGCAAAGCAAGGCAUGAUGGUUAAUUUCAAAAGAGGCUGUGCCUGGGUAGUGAUCCACAUUCUGCCGGCAUUAACGCAGCGGCGCGUCCAAAAAACUGUGCAUACUGCUGUGCGCUAACUGUUUCUCUCGAAUAUAGAGAAGUGAAAAACAUUCCCAUGACGUCGCUGGAGGAAACAAGGAUCUGGCAUACGGUACACUUCCAUUGUGGAGUGCAGUGUAUCAUGGAAAAUGGGAUCCCAUUUGUCUUUUUCCAUCUUUUCUUUGUUCCAAAUCAAAGGCCCGUACACGUUUUGUUGUCCCCGUUCUGCUCAAUGGCAAAUUGAAAUCCAAUGCAACAUGCAUGAGAUGUUAAACGUGGCUUUGGUUUCAUUCAGCCCUCGCUCUGUACUGACACUACAGGACGCCUCCUCUGAGGAGUAGAUAAUGGUGAUUCUCCCAUGCUGAGUGAAGAAUGAAAAGGAAUGUGCAAUAAACAUGUUUUUUUUUUUUUUUUUUUUUUUGACAUGGGAGAGUUUGAGAACGAGAGAAUGAAAAGAAACAAAUUAAUGUUCUCCAGAGCUCAAAGGCCUCUCGCUGUUAUUUUCAUUUAGUUGCCAUGGAGCGCUCAUGAAUGCUGCUAUUAUUUGAUUAAAAAGAAAGAUCUGUCUAGACAUGAGCGUGUCAGAUGAAUCUCUUGAGUAUUAAAAAAAAGUGUUCAUUUAAACCCAAAUGAAGUUUCACAAGGCAAGGUCUUUCAGCGUGCACAUGUACCAAAGAUCAAGCUUCUUUAGAUGUACAUAUAGCUUGUGUUUCAAAAUGUAAUUAAACUUAUCAGUAUGUGUCUAAUGCAUACUGUAAUGUGCGGGCCACUGGAGUUUACAACUGACUUUCAGUUCUGCAGAAUUCAGUACUGAAAUCCAGAGUGAAAACAUCAAGCUUUGUAUUUAAAGGCUAUGUGUCGACUAGAUACUGUACGUGUGUUUUUGCUUGGAAGUGUGUAUGUGUGAUAUAAGUUUAAAAGCUGAAGUGUGUCAUUUGUUCGCCAGUACUGAAAAAUAUGACUGUUUUCAAAAAGGUUUCCCUUAUCUGCAAUUGGUCAGACAAACAGACACGGCCACGCCCAAAACUAAUGCCAUUGGUUGUGCCAGUGUUACUAUGCUGGCUUGCCAGAGUGUUUAAACAAACAAUGCUUUGAAAGUGCCACAGUGUUUACAUUUGAAUGCUAAGUCAACCACUUGUUUAUACUUGUUACUGGAUACAGUUUUUUUGUGUUUCACAAAAAAAAAAAAAAAAAAAAACGAACAAUUACACACUUCAGCUUCAAGAGGGAAGAAUCAUAAGGCGACGGAGCAAACGUCCCUCACUUGGUUAGCAUGUUGAAGUUACACUGGUGGAAACAAAUUCUUCACAAGGAUGUGACGCAUUACAAGCACACACACUGUUAUAAUAAACCUCCAGGAGGCGGCAUUAUGCUGGGUGUGUUAUCAUUGAGGUAACUAGUAAUACGUCAUUAAGGAGUGUGUGCUAACGUGCUCAGCGAUAUUUUCUUCAAACUGUUGCUACGCUAUGACAAUAACUGACCUAAAUGUAAAAACUGAGAAUGAUGAAAAUUCAAUUCAUACUUGAGUUUUUGGCAGAUGACAAUGUGUGAAAUGGAGCUUGGCUAGAAGCCUUUGUGUUUACAAGCUUGUGUAGAACAUGUUUCUGACCAAAAUGAUCGUUUUAACCCAUUUUCAAAUGGCUUUUCAAUUAUCUGAGGGAAUAAACUAAAAAUCACAGAUUUACAAGCUCUAAUAAGAGUUUGUUGUAUCGAAGAGCUGAAUAAACCAAGGUUUCUUAAGACGAGUUCAGAAAGAGGUGGUUAGUCACCUCAGGUCAUGGAGUAUUAACCAAGAGAUUUUCUGACUCCAGAUGUCACUCAGCAAAGAAGCUACAUAGAUGAAAUUGCUAUAAUUGGCUUUAACAGCAAGACAUGUGGGAGACCAGGGACGAUUGUAAUUGCAAUUUUCCUAUAUAUCUCAGACUGCUAUAAAUUAACAUGCCAUGUUUUGAUAUAAGAAACUUAUGUAUCCGACUACAGUAAAUAGUAUCAUUACACUGAAUUUAAUACAAGUAGUCAGAGUGUUAUGGAUUUGAUUGUAACAGUGUCUGGGUGUAAUCAUAAUCACAAAAAAAAGAAAAUGUUUAUUGACCUACUGUAUUUCCAACAACAGCACGCAUAAAAAAAAUGGUAUUGUCGAUUUAAUAUGUUGUAUUUUUACUGAAUCGUUUUCCGUUUUAGGUGAUAAUACAUCUUAUAUUUGUCAGGUAAAAAAGUCUAAAGUGGAAAAAUUAUAUAUAUAUAUAUAUAAACAUUAAUUAACAUAAAUAAAUUUAUUACACUUUUUUUAGUAAUGAAACAACUAUUUCCAAAUAAUAAAUUUUUAUGUAUUUUUUUGUUUGUUUGUUUAUUCAAAGGUAUAAUUUUACACAACAGAAGAAAAAAAAAAUUAUGUUAUUUCUCACAAAGUGAAAUGAUCAUGCUUUUCCUCAGGCACAAAGUGAUCUCUACUGAGCAUAUGCUGAAUAAGUGUUACAAUAGCCUCCGGUCUCCCGUUGUCAUUCGAGGGCCUGUUCAUUUUUAGUUGAGAUUAAGGCAGACCAGAUGCUCCUGCGUGGUUGUUCGUUGAAAACUGGACUGUUAGUAGUCUAAUAGACUUCUGUGGUCAUCCAUUAGUCACAUUACACUGAUUCUGUAUCACUUAGUUUGUGGUUUCACUCACUGUAGUUCAGCAGAGCAUUUUCUUUAAGAAACUGUCUGGUAUUAAAAGCCACUGUCCGAUGGUUCUGUUAGAUUGUUUCUUUUUUUUAACCCUCAAUGGACUUUUGAAUAACAUGAGAAUAUGGAAUUAUUGCCUGUAAACACAGAAGUUAUUAUUUAUUUUUUUCACCCUGUGUGCCUGUGCGUUUGGACUUUACACAAUGAAUGUGGACAUGGUACCUCACCAACAAUCAGUGUGGAUACUGCUCAUUUCAACCAGUUCAAGACCUCUGCAUCAAUGACUGGUGGUGACAUCAUCACCCAUCUUUGGAGCCACAGUAACCACCUUGGCGCCUCCAGAACUCUACGCUGGCAUGUUUAGAUCGGAUACGGAUUAAUAAAAUGCAGUGACGUCACGGGAAAUGUGCUGGAGAGCGGGCGAGGUAAGAAACGGAUUCCACGCUGUCAUGUCUCAAUCUCUUCAAGAGAAGUGACGCUGUCAAGACGAUCAAAGACAUUUUGAAAUGUAUCCUGACAGUUUCCGGCACCAGUUAUCUUUGUAUGUUUUUCUUGUAAAUAGAGAGUAUAAAGAAACAUAUUGUUUUGCUUCUUUUGGCACAAGUUUUGUGAAAAAGACAGAAGCCUCAGCUGUUUAAACGCUCAUCCUGAUCAAAGAAUAUGCUACUAGAGAGACCCGAUAUGACCCCUCAUUUGGAAGAUUGAUAUUUUUCUAUCUUGCCGUCUCAUUCAGUACCUCAUCUCAUUAGCUUCAUAGAUUUUCAUUUUCCUUGUCUCACUUUACCGCUGACAUCAGUUUGGGAGUAGAAAGACUGAUAUGAAUGCUCAUUUAAUGUCAUAUAUACUUAUAUUCUGCUAUGUGCCCUAACCGCUGUGAUCCUCUCUCUCUUUCUCCUCAGUUUGUAUUUUCGAGACACCCAGGCAAAAUAGUAUCUACUUGUUCAAUGAAAGUGGCUUGUACUUUGCUCCGAGGCUUCAUGCAUGAUGUAUCAAGUAUAAGCUUGAUGUUGUUAAGUAAAUGCUAAUAGGGUUACCUGCCCACCGCAUUUCAAUUCUGAGUAAGUCGCAAGAACUUUACAACCUCAUAAAACGCUCCUUAAAGCAAGGCAUUAGCUCAAUGGCAGUGUUGCAGAAAAUCCAUAUUACUUUCUGUGUCCUGAAUAGACAAAGUCAGACUGUUGUUCAGGGGAAACUAGAAUAUUUAAUUGUGAUUAAUUUAUAUAUAAUAAUUUAAGCAAAUAAAUGAUUUUUUUUUAAAUAUAUAUAAUUUUCUCCAUACAUUAUAGAGCUCCUGUUUGGACUCUCUGCUUAGUCAAUCGGCAUUAAAUACUUAGCAUGCACUUAUUUAUUCAGAACCAUAUAAUUUCAUCAUUUUUAUGCUUUAAAUUAAACAUGAAAUGCAUAUGAAAGCAUCUGAUCCCAUUAGCUAUUUGGAUGAGUUACCCUGACUAGAUAAUCUAAACUCUUCAACCGUCAUUCAAAGCAAUGAUUCUCCUCCUCCACAGAGUUACCAAAUCAUGGCGCCUUAUGUAACUGUCUCUUCCCAUUAUUCUGACAAUUUUCUGUUUUACGGUCAUUUACGUAAGACUGAGGACGCCCCUGCAUCUUCUCUUUGCUUGUCAUUCACAUUUUGCCAUUUAAAUUUUUUUCACCCUCCUAUUGUCUUGUUCAAUUUUUUGGAUAGAUUAAAUGAAUCUAAAGUGACAGGAAAAAAAACAUUUAUAAUGUUACAAAAGAUUACUAUUUUCAAUUAAUGCCAUUCUUUGAAAUUUUCUAUUAAUCAAAGAUUCCUGAAAUGAAUGAAUGUGUGUGUGUGUGUGUGUGUAAAUAAUUUUUUUUGCCAUUUAUUACAAUAUAAAUAAGUUCCUUGCACAUUCUGUGAUGCAGUGAUUUUUUUAUGUUUGUCAAAAUUGUGAUUAAUUUGUGAAACACAAAAUAAAAGAUAAAAAUGUACCUUUUUACAGAUUUUUUUUUUUUUUCAAAUCUGCAAUCAUAAUAAACUUUAGAACCAGAAACACACACACACACAGAGAGACACAUUCUACCUAAUGAACAAUCCCUAAUCAAGAACUCUGUUUAAUUAUUGAUGGAUUUCAAUGCAAUCAAAUUUCAGUUUUAUACAAGGAUCAUAGGUGGGCACAGUCUCUGGAGACAAAAGGAGGGUUAAAUCAAACCUGUGUUAAUGUUCACAAAGCAAAACCCUUCCAGGAGAUGCUUCCAUGCAGGUGCUGUCAAGCUGCAGAGAACGAGCAAGCUAAAUGCAAAUUUCCAAUUAAUUUGUAUCUGUACAUGUUCUCUAAAAUCAGUAGGCGUAAUUCGCUAAUAUUCAGAGAGCACUUUACAAAGAAUGGACCAAUACAGUCCAUUCACAUAAAAGCUAAAUUAGAAAGGAGGGGAAAAAAAUCACAGCAUCAAUGAGUUUCUCUCUCCCAUUUGUUUGUUUUGUUCGUUCUAUUUCCCCUUGUGAUUUGGGCCCGGGUGUCUUCUGGGAGCACAGUUUUCCUCAAGGGUAGGAUUUAAAGGAUCAGAGAAGACUUCUAUAUUUCUCUGCUGACUCUCAAAUGAGUGUCUAAUGCAAAUAUCCAAAAGGACAGAAAGAAGCCUAAGAGAAAGAAAGUCAGAUGGAAGAAAAUUCUGCUUUUUGCCUUUCUUUUUUUUUUUCUGCUGUGCAGACAUAUAAAUGUUGGGGCAAAGGUCUUGGUGAAAGGAGCUAUAUACGACACACACACACAUGCAAACACAUGCAUCUGCUCAUCUUUGUAGAAAUUGGAGGUGAAAAAACCCUUCGCUUAUCUCCAGGCUUGCACAUGGCUGAGAGGUAGCACUGUUGUCAGUGCGGGGGGGUUGGCCCAUGGGGCUAACAUCUGCUGCUAUUGUGGACUUGGCUCUGUCACCAUGCUUCUCUGUCUAGUAAAUCUGCCACAUUCAACCAAAGCUCCAGCCCACAAACUAUCUCAACAUUAAGUGUCAUAGUUUAACAAGUGAAUGCUGGACAGAAGAGCCGGGUGAAAAUUGGGCUGAAGAGCCAAAUGAUCUGUUCCAAAAUCUAGCGAGCUGCUUUUCCGCCUACAUAGACAGCAUCCUGACCAUUAUGAAUCAUCAUAAGUGACCGAUUUGGAAUGCUCUACAUUGAAACGUCGACAUUUUACAUGAGUGUUAGCAUGUUGCGAAGCUAACAGCAUGCACAUUUUGAAGGGUUUAAAUGAAUCCAUGAAUCUUUUUGAAACAAUUAUUUUAAAUGAGCAUUUGAAUGAACACAUUUGCCCAAAUGAAUCAGAUUUCCUGACAAAUCCAUAUAACCAAGUAGAACACAUAGUGAAAGAUGUGAAAAAGUUCAUUUAAAUUAACUAUCGGAAUGAACAGAUGUGCAUAAAAUAAUUAGAUUCCCUGACUCUAUGAUAGGAGCACACAAGCAAAUUUAUAUAGUAAAAGAAAAACAGUGAUCACUAAAUAAAAAGAAGAUGGAAGGGUUUGAAUGAAUCUAUUAAACUUUUUUGAACUAUUUCAUUUUACUCGAAUCAAAUUUUACAACUGGGGCACACAUGCUAAUUUAUAUGAACAAGUAUUCAUAAUCAACACAAGUAUUCAACAAAUUAUUUUUUACAUUUGAAGUAACCUUUCAUUUUUCAGGAAUCAUCGCGAUGCAUGGUGGGAUUGACUUCUGUGCAAAGUAGGCCUGUGAAUCUGCUAUUUUUUUUAUUUAUUUAACUGGUCAAAAGUAGGGAAUUUGGAAGGCAGCUUAAUCAGGCUUCCUACCUUUUGGAACACUUUUAAAUGAGGAACAUGCCAAUAACGCCUUAAAAUGCUGCCUACGUAGGCAGUGCACUAUGUUUUGGAACAGAGUCAUGAUUUCCUCUGAAAUGCUUAAAUAAAGCAUUAAUUACUAAUAUAAAAUUGGCCAUAAUGCAGCUCUGUAGGACAAAACUCACUCCGACCUAAAUAUAUUAUAAUCAAUGCAUAGGAAACUACAAAAAUUAGGCAGAGAAAAUGAGUACAGGAUGGCGGGAUUUAAGUACUUUUUGCUCAGAGUGUCCUACAGGUCUGAAAUCAUCUAAUUUUCAUGAAUCCGUGUUUUCUGUAGUCUUUUUUUUUUUUUUUUUUAGAUUUCUGGAAAUAAUAAAUAUUUCAUUGCCUGAAUGACUGACAGAACUUGAACUGACUGUACAUCCAUCUCAAACAGCCUUGUUUUUGUUUGUGACUAUUUCAGUAUUGCAUCGACUAAAGCUUAUUUAUGUAUUUCGCACUGAUUUUGGGUUGCAGUUAUCACUCUAGUGUUUUUGAGUGUCAUCUGCAGGAAAAGCAUCUGAUAUAGACUGACGUUUGAUUCGUAUUUUGACUGGUAUACAGUAGGCAUACUUGUCGCAGCAGCUCCCAUGUAUCCUUUUUCACUGUUAACUAAAGCCUUGAUGUAUCAACAGCAAAAAAAUGCUUUUGUUAAAAUGACUUCUGUUAACUGUCUGCAAACCUAUCCAGCAUGUUCAAGGUUCCUCAGCAUAACAUUUUGAGUCGGAUGUUUUGUUCCACUUUUAAAGCAGAGCUGCUUUCAAGGAAAGAAAGCGGUGCUCAGCUUAGAUCUCAAACACCAUCCUUUGAACCGAUAUACAGUUCUAUACCAGAACUGUAGAAAGAGCUGUGACAUCACUGCCAAUUGUGUAGAUAUCAAUGAUCUGGUCGUGAUGAUUUAUGAAGAACACAAACUAAUGAUUCAAGCGAAUUUUGGCUUUUUGGUUAUGAUUAAUUUCCCCUCUCUCAAUCUAAUAAUGGAUUACAUAGGGCAAAAACACAAUGAAAAGCAAUACAGUCUGUCAUUUGUAUUCUCCCCCUGUGUUUUAACCUUCCACUUCAUCCUCUGUAGGCCCAUUAAUUUCCAUGAAAAUCAUGUUUCUCUGGCUUUGCCUGGUCUCAGGCUAUGGGUUAUUGUUUUCUGUGGGAUGAAAAUAUGCAUUGUUAUAACCCUUAUCUUUUUUUGCUGUUGUUUUCUUUUGUUUUCAUCUUACACAGAUUGAAAACAGUUUUGUGAAGACCUGCUCCAAAUGCAAAAAUGUGGCUCUUCUUUGAGUAUAUUAUUGUCAGAAAAAAAAAAAUGUUUUGUAAAAAUUUUGAUGAUGAUCAGAAAUAAAGUAAUUUAACAAUCUAA